CUCUCUCCUCAGAUUUUGAUUUAAUUCCGAAGUGAAGCGGGCCCGUUAAAAACCAGGCGAACGACGACCCGUUGGACCGGACUCGGUGUCUGCCCGUGUUUUCAGUUUUUCAUUUGAUUUUUUUUGUCUGUUUUUUUUCCCCUGUAUUUUUUUUUUUUCCUUUUUGCUUUUAUUUUUUUUAUUUUUUGUAAAGAACGCGUUCACAGUCUUGAUCUGGAGGAUUAUAGCAGAGCGUUUCUCGGCGGCUUACAUGUAGCGCGGAGAGAAGCCCCGUGCGUUUCUGAGGGAGUCGCCGGAGGCUCGGGGCCUAGGAGCCGUCAUGUAUGCAGGACGCAAGAGGAGAAAACCGGUUCAGAGAGCGGUGAAACAGCCACCAGCUGAAGGGGCCAAAUCCAACCCGUCCAAGCGGCAUAGAGACCGGCUGAACGGAGAGCUGGAGCGGCUGGCCAGCCUGCUGCCUUUCCCUGAAGAGGUCACCGCCAGCCUGGACAAGCUCUCCAUCCUCCGACUGAGCGUCAGCUACCUGCGAGCCAAGAACUUCUUCUCUGUCGCCCUGAACAGUCGAAACGGAGUGGCUCCAGCCAGUGUGAAUGAUGACGACAGCAAAACAGCAGGAGCGGUGGAGACCAAGAUCCCUGAAGGCGAACUUUUGCUGCAGGCUCUCAACGGUUUUGUCCUGGUUAUCACUGCCAGUGGGACCAUCUUCUACUCCUCUCAAACCAUCCAGGACUAUUUGGGCUUCCACCAGACGGAUGUCAUGCACCAGAGUGUUUAUGAACUGGUCCAUACAGAGGACCAGCAGGAGCUCAGGAGAAACCUGCACUGGGCUUUGAAUCCUCCUACUGCCGCUGCAUCUGCCGUUAGCCAGGACUCCCCCCAAGAGAUGGAACCUGACAGCAGCUCAUCUCUGGUCACCUACAACCCUGAGCAGCUUCCGCCAGAAAACUCGUCCUUCCUGGAGAGGAGCUUUGUCUGUCGUUUUCGCUGCCUACUGGACAACUCCUCCGGCUUUCUGGCUUUGAACAUCCAGGGCAGGCUCAAGUUUCUGCAUGGACAGAACCAGCGGCAGGAAAAUGGAGGAAAGGCCCCAGCACAGCUCGCCCUUUUUGCCAUCGCGACUCCUCUGCAGCCUCCGUCCAUACUGGAAAUCAGGACCAAGAACAUGAUCUUCAGAACCAAACACAAGCUGGAUUUCACACCCUUGGCCUGUGAUGCAAAGGGGAAGAUAGUUUUGGGGUACACAGAGGCUGAGCUGCGGGUACGCGGAUCUGGCUAUCAGUUCAUCCAUGCAGCAGAUAUGUUGUACUGUGCAGAGAACCAUGUCAGAAUGAUGAAGACUGGAGAAAGUGGUCUGACUGUGUUCAGGCUCCUCACCAAGGAGAAUCGCUGGAAAUGGGUCCAGGCUAAUGCCAGACUGGUGUACAAGAAUGGCAAACCCGACUACAUCAUUGCCACCCAGAGACCUCUUUUGGACGAAGAGGGAGGAGAACACUUGCGUAAGCGCUCCAUGCAUCUACCCUUUACCUAUGCUACAGGUGAGGCUUUGCUCUACCAGUCCAACCAUCCCAUUGCUGGCUUUAAAGAUGGAAGCCAUGAGAAAAAUGGCAGUAAGUCAAAGAAGAGCCGGACUGACAGGCUGGUAAGGGAUGGUCUGGAUCCUGGCUCCCUCCUGGGGGCACUUAUGAGUCAGGAUGAGUCGGUGUACGUUUGCCAGCCUGCCCUGGAGCCCAAAAUGUCAUUCCAUAGCAGCUUCUUUGGGGAGCAAACGGGCUUCUCUGACUCCGAACCCUCCAGUUUGCACAGGAGCUGGGAUGAGCCAAGCAACGGUGUGGUGGGACCUGGCAUCACAGAGCCAAACAUAAGCUUUGACCCACUGCUGGCUACUCUAGACUCCCUCUCCUUGGAAGGCCAAGGUGUUGUGGAUGCAGAAGAGGGGGGUUGUUCAAACGGUGAGCUGUUUGGAGCUCUGGAGGGGUUGGGGCUGAGUGCAGAGGACCUGGAGCUGCUGUUGCUGGAUGAGCGGAUGAUCAGAGUUGAGAUGGACCCUGAACGUGUGCCCACUUUGGACGACCUGCUGACAAAUGAUGAGAUCCUCUCAUAUAUCUAUGACUCUAUAGAGGGAAAGACUGAUUCCACAGAACAUGAAGGACGGAUGCCUCCCAGUACAGCCUCAGUGACAGCCACAACAGUGUCACUACCUGAAAGUAAUCCCACCUCUGACACUAAUGUGCAAAUGCAGUUUCCUCACCAUAAGCCUCCCCUGGUGGGGCAGGCUCCCAUCGUCCAGCUGUCCCAGCAGAUGCAACAGCACCUCAACAUGCGAACAGGUAAAGUGGAGCAUAAUUGGGGCCAACAGAGUGACCAGUUGGCUAAUACGAUAGCUAAUGGAGAGCUGCUCGGGCAGAAUCAAUCUAUUCCCAACGGACAAUGGUCAGCCCAAGACAUUCUAGCCAGUGCAGGGAUACAACUUGAUCAUUUUAAUACACAACAGACUAUUUUCAAUGGUGAGGCCUCAGAGCUGGAUGGUGAGCUUCAUCAGCAGCAAACACAUCAACGCUACCUUCAGCAGCAACAGCAACCCAGGAUGCAGAACCAGCUCUCACAGCAGUGCCAUGCCAAACAGAAGGCAGCCAACCUCAACGGACUGUCUGGCAUCUCCAGCACAAAGAAUUCAGUUGGGAAAUCCCAAUGGCAGGACUAUGGAUUCAGCGAGAGUCUGGGCAGCAACCCCUGCCUUGAUAACAGCCAAAAACCUCUUACAAACACCUCACUAGAUUCUUGCAUGGAUUAUAGUAUGCCUGAUAUUGACAAUGCAGAUUACACUAUCAGUGGAAGUGGUUUACUUGGGAGGAGUGGGCAACAGCACGGGGCCGAGUCCAUGGUUUCAUCCUUCCAGGGGAUGAACCACAAACUUCAGCAGGAGCAGAUCCAAGCCCCUUUGGCCCAGGUCAUCUCCAGCCUGUCGCAGUGCCCUCCCCCCAACGCCUCCCUGGAGCAGAUCCUGGGAGUGGGCAAGCCCUGCCGGCAGCUGGACCAUUAUGGCAUGGUAACCGCGGAGAUCCCUCAUGAUCCCAAUUACAGUAAGAUGGAGAAUGGCUGCAUCCUGAACAGCACUUACCCGGGGGGCUGUGCUCUGCCCAAUGGGAGCGGAGCGGCGCCCCCUACUGUCCAGAUGCCCAGCCCCGAGACUCUGUCCAGCCUCCCCGACCCACCAGCCACCGGCUUCUACCUCUGACCGUCUGGCAGUCAUGCAGCAGGACACUGUUCAUGGCCAGGAAACACACAAUGACUGGACCAGCCUUAUACAUCUAGAUACCAUAACAAACAAAGCUGAAUAAACGUAGGCCUAUAUGUUUUUUUCUUUUCUUUCAUUUUUAAUUUGGACUUUUUUGUGGGGGGAGGGGAUCAUUGUGUUGUAUUUCAAGUCAUAUUAUCAUGAGUACUUUGUUUACAAUAAUGCAGUCAAGAGUGCUCAGUUGAUUUUAUUUUACGUAAUACAGAGAGCUAAAUAUGAGUUUUCGUCAAGCUGAGUUUUAUAAACCUGCGCUCAGAUACAACGCAAAGCACAAUUUAGAUUUAGAGGCAGCUAAAAUUUUGGAUAGUUCUGGGAUUUUCAGUACUAAUUAUUAUCCAUUAUUUAGAUUAAAAAAUCCAUUAUGCUUAUGGCAUUUCAAGCAGGACUUUGUUAUAUUUUGUAUACCAUGAAAGAUCAGGAUAAACCGAGGAAGAGAUGACUGACUGGGUGUUAUUGGUGGGUCAGUGAUUGACACCGGUUGACCACCGGAAGAUGAAUAUGACCCAGUAAAUAUCACUUGCAGUAGAUUGAGGCAUCAGUCGAUCAACAGGGAAUCACUUCCAAGCAAAAGUAACAAAGAUCUCCUGGUUCCACCUUCAAAUCACAGGAGUUGCUGAUUCCUUUCUAACAUGAUUAGUAAAUUGAAUAUCUCUGCGUUUUAGACUGUCAGUUGGAUGACACAAGACAUUUGAAGGCAUGCGAAGAUGUCACGCUCAGCUCGCGGGAAGAAAAAGCGGAAUUCUUUUGUCGUUUUCCGACAUUUUAUAGACAAACCGAUUAAUCAAUCAAUCAGGAACAUAACAAGCACAUUAACUGACAAAUAAAGGUAACUGUUAGAUGCAGCCGUAAAUUGUAAGAGACAAAAACAGACAAACAGAUGCCAGACCUACUGAGGCAACGACGGCUUGUUUUAUGUCUCCAGUUCACGAAUGUGCAGAAACAGAAGCAGAAAGGAGAGGGUCUGAAAAAGCAGCAUCUGACCGCGCAUCACAUGUAGUUCU